UGUUUGUUCAUGACGAAAGAUUUCGUUGCAGCCCAUGAACAGUAGAGUAUAAAUCAUCUGACAUUUACACAGGUUAUGACCAUAGCAUGCGAGCACAGACACCAUGCAACUUCAGCUGCUUUCAACAAAAGUUCGAUACUGCUGCGCUCCGGAUAAAACAUACAACUACAGACACAGGCUACCACAACAUGAUUACAGGUGAUGCAAGUCCUUCAGAUUUUAGUGAUUUCCGAGGAUGGCCCAAAAUACCACAAAAUGCAGGUUUAGAGAAACCAGUGGUUAUGACACCCCAUCUCAUGAGACGAGUGUAUACAGAUCCGAAGUUCAUUGUCCUCUUCAGAAAUCCAACUAAUAGGUUAUAUUCUGACUAUAUUAUGCGGGCCGGAAGAUCAGCGGAGGAUUUCCAUGAAGCCGUGACAAGAGAUAUUCAGACCGAGGAGACCUGCAUGAAGAACCACACGGUGGAACAAUGUCUGUACAGCCUGGACAUAGCACGAACACUUCGGACUCGGAUUUUCUUAGGGUGCUAUUCAGUUUACAUGCGAGAAUGGCUGAAGGUUUUUCCAAGAGAGCAAUUCCUUAUCUUGCGAACAGAGGACCACGAUCAAGACCCAAAAGCUCGGCUGAGAAAAGUGUACAACUAUUUGAAACUAAAUUAAACUGAAGAGUGGUUGUCUUACAUCGCCAGUGCGCCUAAACGCAAUGUCAGUAAGAAGAAGAGAAGUAUAGAACCCAUGCUUGAAAAAACCCGUGUCUUACUGGACACUUUUUACGGCAGAUACAAUCGGGAUUUGGCAGAUGUACUACAGGACAAGAAGUUUCUGUGGCUGACAUAAUAUCGGCUAAAAGAAGACUCGAACAAACAAACAGUUCAUAGGAGUAUACUCUUCAAAAGAUUAUUUCUAAUAACGUCAUUUUUAUCAUAAUUGUGAAAUUCUUACUGUCGAUAUUUUGAGAAUAUCUAGUACAAAGGGGUUUAAAAAUGAGCUUAUUCUGAAUGUCAUGAUACUUAUCCUGAAAAUGUAUUUGCAAAGAGGGAUUGAAAGAAUCAAAAUUGACGUCUUCAACAUGUAAUACCAGCAUGCUGCAUGGGAUUUGUAUGGAGACUAGAUCUUCCCCCGCUUCAGCUGCAAAACCACAUUUGAUAACUAAAUUGAAAAAAUGUAUUUUUUAUGGCAGAAAAUUACUUUUUAGCAGUCGGAGGCAUAAAUAUUUUUAUCGAGAAUUUUAUGGUACAAUG